AUGCGGACAUUUCUGAUCUUCCCUCUUCUUUUCUCGACUGCUUCUUUGGCAACACCCCUGAUAUCACGAGACGAGCCGCAGGAUUGGAUCGCAGGAGAGAUCGCUUACGCUAAAACCUACGACAUCACCCUUCAGCCCAGUGAUACGGGAAUCGGCAAACGAGGCAUGCUCUUGGCUCGAUACAACGAUGGUGAAGGCCGUUACCUAGGUUCCGACGGCAAUCACCGUUACGCCUCUGGUGUCAAGUGCUGGAACGAUUAUUUCGUUGUCGAACAGAACCUUUACAACGACCCUUGGCGCCAGGCCUCCAGCAAAGUUUACUGCACCAAGAGCCAGUCCUGCCAGGCGACUCAGGGUGUCAACAACCAGGUCUGCGAGACUACUUCCUUUGAGAUUUCCGCUGGAAUCACGGCCGAGUUCGUCACCGCCAGUAUCAGUCGGAUCGACCUCAUUGACUGCGUGUACCUGGAACGAUCAAGGGUGUCAUGUCAUUUGGAGCCAACAGCAGAUGUUAAGCCAGAAGGGGUACCAAAGACGAAGAUGCACGAGCAGUAA